AGGAAAUGCUUAUGGACAGACACCUUAGCGAGUGCUGCUGAAGAGAACAGAAGUGGGGACAGUAUCACCGCAGCCACUGGAAGACAAGCCUGUCAUGGCCGCAGAGCGACUGUGCUUUGAGGAGGCUGCUUGCUUCUUGUGAAAAGGAAACACUCCAGGCAAGCAGCCUUUCUGUCUGUGCUGGUUGCGGUGCAGUGUGAUGACCAUGGAUGGGGGUUCACGCCACUGCCGCUGAUGACUGCUUCCUGCCUCUGUGGACAUGAGUGACCCAAGGCCACCACAGGUAGAGACGCACAAGCUUGGCAGAGCGGCCUCCAAACUCAAGGACCCUUCCAGAACCAUGCAGUCUGAUGAUUAUUUUGCUCGGAAAUUUAAAGUCAUCAACGGCAGCAUGGGACCCGCUGCUUUAAACACCCCCAGUCCGAGUGAGGGUAGUGGGGGUGGUGGUGGGCCAGCCAAUGGUACCCCAGCAGUGCCCAAGAUGGGUGUGAGGGCCAGAGUAUCUGAGUGGCCUCCUAAAAAGGAGUGCUCCAAGGACCUGGCUUGCAAGGCACUGUGGGAGAGCCGUCCUCAGUCUGGCUAUGAGAGUGUCACCUCCAUCAUCCAGAAUGGCCAAAACAACCAGGGUGACAGGGAGCAAGAGGAGCAGCCGGACCUGGACUUCGUGGAGGCAAAGUACACCAUUGGGGACAUCUUUGUCCAUUCUCCCCAGAGAGGACUCCACCCCAUACGCCAGAGGAGCAACAGCGACGUCACCAUCAGCGACAUCGAUGCUGAGGACGCCCUGGACCAGCGUGCAGUCAACCCCAACACGGGAGCCGCCCUGCACAGGGAGUACGGGAGCACGUCGUCCAUCGACAGGCAGGGUCUGUCUGGAGAGGACGUUUUUGCCAUGCUCCGAGGCUACCGAGUAGAUAAUCACGACCCUAAGAUGACCAGCUCCUUUGGGUUUCCCGACUUCCUUCCCUGUGACACAGCCAUCUCCCCCAGCCUCCACGCUGCAGCCCAGAUUUCCAGAGGAGAGUUCGUCCGCAUCUCGGGGUUGGACUACAUGGAUGGGGGCCUGUUGGUGGGGAGGGACAGGGACAAGGCCUUCAAGCGCAGGCUAAAGUCUGAGUCGGUGGAAACGUCACUCUUCCGGAAACUCCGCACGGUCAAGAGUGAGCACGAGGCCUUCAGGUUCUCCUGUGACCGGGAGGAGGGCCGCCUGGGCCGGGGCGUCCGCCCGUGGAGCUGCCAGAGGUGCUUUGCCCACUAUGACGUGCAGAGCAUCCUCUUCAACAUCAGCGAGGCCAUGGCCACGAGGGCCAGUGUGGGCAAGAGGAAGAACAUCACCACGGGGGCCUCGGCGGCAUCACAGGCCCCGGUCCCCACAGGCACGGCCGGAGGCUGCGAGUCCCCGCUGGGCAGCAAAGAGGACCUCAACUCCAAGGAGAACCCAGAUGCCGACGAGGGCGACGGGAAGAGCAGCGACCUCGUCCUCAGCUGCCCCUACUUCCGAAACGAGACUGGCGGGGAGGGCGACAGGCGCAUUGCGCUGUCUCGGGCCAACUCUGCCUCCUUCAGCUCCGGGGAGAGCUGCUCCUUUGAGUCAUCCCUCAGCUCACACUGCACCAACGCAGGAGUGUCUGUCCUGGAGGUGCCGCGCGAGAACCAGCCCAUCCACAGGGAGAAGGUCAAACGCUACAUCAUAGAGCACAUUGACCUUGGGGCCUACUACUACCGCAAGUUCUUCUACGGCAAAGAGCACCAGAACUACUUUGGAAUCGAUGAAAACCUUGGCCCUGUGGCCAUCAGCAUCCGGAGGGAGAAGGUAGAAGAUCCCAGGGAGAAAGAAGGGUCCCAGUUCAACUACAGGGUGGCCUUCAGGACCAGCGAGCUCACAACCCUGAGAGGAGCCAUCCUAGAAGAUGCUGUCCCCUCCACAGCCCGGCACGGCACCGCCCGGGGCCUGCCCCUCAAGGAAGUCCUGGAGUACGUCAUCCCAGAGCUGAGUAUCCCGUGCCUGCGCCAGGCAGCCAACUCCCCCAAGGUCCCGGAGCAGCUGCUCAAGCUGGAUGAACAAGGGCUGAGCUUCCAGCACAAAAUUGGGAUCCUGUACUGCAAAGCUGGGCAGAGCACGGAAGAGGAAAUGUACAACAACGAGACAGCAGGGCCGGCCUUCGAGGAGUUCCUGGACCUCCUUGGCCAGAGAGUGCGGCUGAAGGGCUUCAGCAAGUACCGGGCACAGCUGGACAAUAAAACGGAUUCUACAGGGACUCACUCCCUCUACACCACAUACAAGGACUUUGAGCUGAUGUUCCACGUGUCAACGCUGCUUCCGUAUAUGCCAAACAACAGGCAGCAGCUGCUGAGGAAGAGGCACAUCGGGAACGACAUCGUCACCAUCGUCUUCCAGGAGCCCGGCGCCCUCCCGUUCACCCCCAAGAGCAUCCGCUCCCACUUCCAGCACGUCUUCGUCAUAGUGAGGGUGCACAGCCCCUGUACAGACAGCGUGUGCUACAGCGUCGGAGUCUCCAGGUCAAAGGACGUCCCUCCCUUUGGCCCCCCAAUCCCUAAAGGUGUAACUUUUCCAAAGUCAGCCGUGUUCCGGGACUUCCUUUUAGCCAAAGUAAUCAAUGCCGAAAAUGCAGCCCAUAAAUCAGAAAAGUUCCGGGCCAUGGCUACUCGAACAAGGCAGGAAUACUUGAAGGACUUGGCCGAGAACUUUGUCACAACUGCCACAGUGGACACUUCCGCCAAGUUCAGCUUCAUCACCCUGGCUGCAAAGAAGAAAGAGCGAGUGAAGGCCAGGAAGGACGCGCACCUCUUCAGCAUCGGGGCCGUCACGUGGCACGUGGUGGCACGGGACUUCGGCCAGUCAGCGGACAUCGAGUGUCUGCUCGGGAUCUCCAACGAGUUCAUCAUGUUAAUAGAGAAAGACUCCAAGAACGUCGUGUUCAACUGUUCCUGCAGGGAUGUGAUCGGCUGGACCUCCGGGUUAGUGAGCAUCAAAGUCUUCUAUGAACGGGGAGAGUGCAUCCUGCUGUCCUCGGUGGACAACUGCUCCGAAGACAUCCGGGAAAUAGUGCAGCGGCUCGUAAUAGUGACGAGAGGCUGUGAGACUGUGGAAAUGACGCUGAGGAGGAACGGCCUGGGCCAGCUUGGCUUCCAUGUGAACUUUGAAGGGAUUGUUGCAGACGUGGAACCUUUCGGCUUUGCCUGGAAGGCGGGCCUUCGCCAAGGGAGCCGGCUCGUGGAGAUCUGCAAGGUGGCUGUGGCCACCCUGAGCCAUGAGCAGAUGAUUGACCUGCUGCGGACAUCCGUGACGGUGAAGGUGGUUAUCAUCCAGCCCCACGAGGACGGCUCUCCCCGCAGGGGUUGCUCGGAGCUCUGCCGGAUCCCCAUGGUAGAAUACAAGCUGGACAGCGAGGGCACGCCCUGUGAAUACAAGACACCUUUUAGGAGGAACACCACGUGGCACCGUGUGCCCACCCCUGCCCUACAGCCAGUUUCCAGAGCCUCACCAGUGCCCGGCACACCUGACCGUCUGCAAUGCCAGCCACUACUCCAGCAGGCCCAGGCCGCCAUCCCCCGGAGCACUUCCUUUGACAGGAAGCUGCCUGAUGGCACCAGAAGUUCUCCCAGCAACCAAUCUUCAUCCAGCGACCCAGGACCUGGUGGGAGUGGACCCUGGAGACCGCAAGUGGGCUACGAUGGGUGCCCAUCCCCCCUACUGCUUGAGCACCAGGGCCCGGGCUCUGUGGAGUGUGAUGGGGCCAGGGAGCACGAGGACAUCAUAGAGGGAGGCAGGCUUCCAGAAACCAAAUGGCAUGGCCCACCAUCCAAAGUCCUGAGCUCCUAUAAGGAGAGAGCCCUGCAGAAAGACGGAAGCUGCAAAGAUUCCCCCAAUAAGCUAUCUCACAUCGGGGACAAGAGCUGCUCCAGUCACUCCAGCAGCAACACUCUCUCCAGCAACACCUCCAGCAACAGUGACGACAAGAACUUUGGGUCAGGGGACCUAAUGGACCCCGAGCUGCUGGGAUUGACCUACAUCAAGGGCGCAUCCACCGACAGCGGCAUCGACACUACGCCAUGCAUGCCAGCCACCAUCCUUGGCCCCGUGCACCUGACGGGCAGCAGGUCCCUGAUCCACAGCCGGGCCGAGCAGUGGGCAGACGCCACUGACGUCUCAGGAGCUGACGACGAACCCGCCAAGAUGUUCACACUGCAUGGCUACACCUCUGCCAUCUCCGCUGGCGUGGCAGAGGGCAGCAUGGGCGACCUCAGUGAGAUCUCUUCUCACUCCAGCGGCUCUCACCAUUCAGGAAGCCCCUCCGCUCACUGCUCCCAAAGCACUGGGUCUCUGGACAGCUCCAAAGUCUACAUCGUUACUCACAGUGGCAGUCAGCAGGUCCCUGGGGCCAUGGCAAAGCCUUACCACAGACAAGGAGCAGCAAACAAAUAUGUCAUUGGCUGGAAAAAGUCAGAAGGCAGCCCACCGCCCGAGGAGCCGGAAGUGAGUGGCUGCCCUAGGAUCUAUGGCGAAGUGGGCAUCAUGGCCACAGCCCCUCAGCACCCGGCAGCAGUAGGGGACUCUGUUUCAGAAACUCAGCACGUCCUAUCCAAAGAUGACUUUCUGAAGUUGAUGCUCCCUGACAGCCCCUUAGUGGAGGAGGGGAGACGGAAGUUUUCAUUCUAUGGGAACCUGUCUCCGCGGAGGUCGCUGUACCGAACACUGUCAGACGAGAGUGUGUGCAGCAACCGUAGGGGAUCGUCCUUUGCCAGUUCCCGGAGCUCCAUCCUGGACCAGGCCCUGCCCAACGACAUUCUGUUCAGCACCACUCCGCCAUACCACAGCACGCUGCCUCCCAGGACCCACCCUGCACCCAGCAUGGGGACCCUACGGAAUGAGUUCUGGUUCUCUGACGGGUCCUUAUCGGAUAAGUCCAAGUGUGCAGAUCCUGGCCUGAUGCCACUUCCAGACACAGCCACAGGGCUAGACUGGUCCCACCUCGUGGAUGCUGCACGGGCAUUUGAAGGUCUUGACUCAGAUGAAGAACUCGGGCUGCUCUGUCACCACGCCUCCUACCUAGACCAGAGGGUGGCAUCUUUCUGUACCCUCACCGACCUCCAGCAUGGACAGGAACUGGAAGGGGCCCCCGAGCUGUCCUUGUGUGUGGACCCCACCAGUGGCAAGGAGUUCAUGGACGCUCCUGGGGAGCGAUCGCCCUCCACAUUGACUGGCAAAGUCAACCAGCUGGAACUGAUUCUCCGACAGCUACAGACGGACCUUCGGAAGGAGAAGCAAGACAAGGCGGUGCUGCAGGCUGAAGUCCAGCACCUGAGGCAAGACAACAUGCGGCUGCAGGAAGAGUCGCAGACCGCCACCGCCCAGCUACGCAAGUUCACCGAGUGGUUCUUCAGCACCAUUGACAAGAAGGCCUGACCCGCUAACUGCUCCUCACCGGGGACCAUGGGCCGGCUGGCCUGCCUGCCUCCCUCCCUGCCUGCCUGCCAGCCUGCCGGCCUGUGGUCCCUUCCAGGUCGGCAGUGCAGUCCUUAUAUGUGCUUUCCACCACCUGUACGUAGAUGUCUCACUGUCCACUCUGCGUGUCACUCGUCACCCCAGCCGGACAGAUCGGGUCUGCA